UAGGAGUGAGAGAAAUAAGGAGAGAGAACGAGAGAUAAUAUUAAUAAUUAAAAAUAAAAUUAAAAAAAUUAGAAAAAGAAAAGAAAUGGUGGUAGCAAUAGCAUAGCUAUAGGAACAGCAUGGUGAUGGUGCUUGUAAAUCGCGAUUGUGUUAUCAUCACCGUCCCCGAACAACAGCAAAGUGAAGCUGAAAACCCUAGCUAGCUCGGAGGAAAAAUAGAACCGGUAACCGCUUCGGCAUGAUUCAGUGAGAGAGAAACCGGAUCGAACCAAAUCGGAGGGAGAAAGAGAGAUAGAGAGAGAGAGACAGAGAGAAAGAUAGUUAUGUACAGAGAGAGAGAGCGAGAGCGAGGUACCAAUACCAAAUCGGAGGUUGAUCGGAAGCGAAUCAACGACGUCCUCGACAAGCAGCUGGAGCGAUCGUCGCCGUCAACGUCGACGUCGAGGCCAAUCAACGGCAAGGACAGGCCCUCCUCUCUCUUAUCCGGCAAGUCCUCCUCCGCACGCGAUCACGCCCUCAGGGACUCUCGCUCCACCGCCUCCGCCACUAUCUCCAAGAACUCUAACGCUUCCGAUGAGGAAUCUGAGACUGACAGCGAGGAGUCUGAUGUUAGUGGUUCUGAUGGAGAUGACACGUCGUGGAUCUCGUGGUUCUGCAAUUUGAGAGGGAACGAGUUCUUCUGCGAGGUGGAUGAUGAUUACAUCCAGGAUGACUUCAACCUUUGUGGAUUGAGCAGUCAAGUGCCUUACUAUGAUUACGCUCUUGAUUUGAUUUUGGAUGUUGAAUCCUCUCAUGGUGACAUGUUUACAGAGGAACAAAAUGAAUUAAUUGAAUCAGCAGCAGAGAUGCUAUAUGGUCUGAUUCAUGCCAGGUAUAUCUUGACAGGCAAAGGAUUGGCCUCCAUGCUGGACAAGUACAAGAACUAUGAUUUUGGUAGAUGUCCAAGAGUGUACUGCUCUGGGCAGCCCUGCCUUCCGGUUGGUCAGUCAGAUGUUCCAAGGUCCAGUACCGUGAAAAUAUACUGCCCAAGGUGUGAAGACAUUUAUUAUCCGCGGUCCAAGUAUCAAGGCAACAUUGAUGGAGCUUAUUUUGGAACUACAUUUCCUCACCUCUUCCUGAUGACUUACGGACAACUGAAGCCACAGAAACCAUCACAGAGCUAUGUUCCAAGAGUCUUUGGCUUCAAGCUUCACAAGCCAUGAAGCUUAAAUUUGAAGCUUCCAACGAAAGUAAGAGCCUGCCCAAGUCUUAUUUAUAAUUCUUUCAGUCCCCUUGCAACAUGCAGCUAAUAGUAUGCUUUUUCCAAAAUGAGUACAAUCUAGACCCGCUUAUUUUAUCUGUUUUAGGAGCGUAUUGUAAAGAAAAUUGCAGACCUGUCAUGCAAAAUGUUAGUUUCACUUUCAGCUUGGAGUUCAGUUCUGUGAGCUUCAAGUUCAAUGAGCAAGUGGUUAGGUGCUUAAGUGUUCUGUUAAUUGCUUAUCAAAGUUGUAUUCUUGCGAUUAGUCCCACUUCAUGUUGUUUAUCAUCAUCUCAGAUUACUGAUCCCCUGCUAUUUUAUAUUGUUUUAUUCCAUUUACUCCCUUCAAUUUA